AUGGUCGGAGAAAAACCAAAUCUGCUGAGUUCUAUAGAAAACCGGAGGUGGAAGAUGAUUGGACACCUGCCUUGCGAUUCUAAUCGCAAGGCUGGUGCGACUCGACAACUUCUUGAGACCAUCUUGGAGGGGAAGAUAGGAGGCAGGAAAGGACGAGGAAGACCGAGAAUAGCUUACAUAGUCCAGAUCAAGGCAAAAGCUGAGGUCGUGACAUACCAGGAGGUCAAGACAGUGACGCAGAACCGCACUGAGUGGCGAUUAAUCCACCGACAAGAGCCCGGCUCUUAA